CCGGCGCAGGCCAGAAGGGGCUGCUGCGCGCAGUAGCAGGCGGAGCAGCAGCUGUUCCGCCCUCCUCGCUCCCGGGUUUGUUCGCUGCCUGCCGGCCAGGCCCGCGUUCCAUUCCAUUUGCCCGGCGCCCACCGCUAUGUAUGACUACGACCAGCUCACCAGCUUCCUGGGCGAGUGGGGCCCCUUCCAGCGCCUCAUCUUCUUCCUGCUCAGCGCCAGCAUCAUCCCCAAUGGCUUCAAUGGGCUCUCCGCCGUCUUCCUGGCCGCCACUCCCGAGCACCGGUGUCUGGUGCCGGCCGGCGCCAACCUGAGCGGCGAGUGGCGGAACGUCAGCAUCCCGCUGGAGGAGCGCGACGGGCGGCAGGUGCCCAGCCGGUGCCGCCGCUACCGCCUCGAGGCCCUGGUCAACUUCUCCGCCAUGAACCUGGAGCCCGGCCGCGACGUCAACCUCAGCCAGGUGGAGCAGGAGAAGUGCCUGGACGGCUGGGAGUACAGCCCCGAGCCCUACCUCUCCACCAUCGUCACCGAGUGGGAUCUUGUGUGUGACAAUGACUGGAAAUCACCCCUAACUACCUCAUUGUUUUUUGUGGGGGUACUGUUUGGAUCCUUUAUAUCUGGACAACUCUCAGACAAGUUUGGCAGGAAGAAUAUACUCUUUGUGACCAUGGGGAUCCAGACUGGCUUUGGCUUCCUGCAGGUGUUCUCUGCAAGCUGGGAGAUGUUUUCCUUCCUCUUUCUCAUUGUUGGAUUGGGGCAGAUCUCUAAUUAUGUAGCAGCAUUUGUACUAGGAACAGAAAUCCUUGGCAAAUCAAUUCGUAUUAUAUACUGCACGUUAGGCGUUUGCAUAUUUUAUGCAUUUGGCUACAUGUUGCUGCCACUGUGUGCUUACUUCAUCAGAGGCUGGCGGAUGUUGCUACUGGCUCUUACUGCACCUGGGCUGCUGUACAUUCCACUCUGGUGGUUUAUUCCGGAAUCCCCUAGAUGGCUGCUCUCUCAAGGAAGAAUUCAGGAGGCAGAAGCCAUCAUCCGGAAGGCUGCAGAAAAGAAUGGCAUAACAGCUCCAGAUGUCAUAUUUGAUCCCAUUGAGCUUCAUGAUUUGAAUUCCGAGGACCAACAAACACACAACAUUUUGGACCUAGUGAGGACCCGGAAUAUAAGAUCUGUCACUAUCAUGUGUGUAAUUCUAUGGAUGGUCAUUUCCAUAGGCUACUUUGGCCUCUCUCUGGACACGCCUAACUUGCAUGGAGACAUCUAUGUCAAUUGUUUCCUCUCUGCUGUGAUUGAAGUCCCAGCUUAUACCAUCUCUUGGCUUCUCCUCCAAAAUCUGCCCCGGCGGUAUUCAAUGGCAGCAGUCUUGUUCUUAGGAGGAUGUGUGCUUCUCUUUAUCCAGUUGGUCCCUUCAUACCUCACUAUUUUGUCCAUUUCCCUGGUGAUGAUUGGCAAGUUUGGAAUCACAUCCUCCUUCUCAAUGGUUUAUGUCUACACUGCUGAGCUCUACCCAACAGUUGUGAGGAAUAUGGGAGUUGGUGCCAGUUCAAUGGCUUCCAGAUUUGGCAGCAUCCUCUCACCUUACUUUGUAUACCUUGGUGCCUAUGAUAGAUUUCUUCCAUACAUUUUAAUGGGAAGCUUGACAGUGCUAACAGGAAUCCUGACCCUGUUUCUUCCAGAAAGCUAUGGCACACCUCUUCCAGAUACCAUUGAGCAGAUGCUUAGGGUUAAAGGAAUCAAAUACAGAUAUACAUCCAAAAGCAAAAGAAGGUCAAAAGAUGAAGAAGAAAAUUCAGUAAUUCUUAAAACAACAUCUUUCUGAUUAAACUAAAUUGGAUGUUUUAUGAUGGACUGAAAGAGACCCAAACAUUUCCUUUCAUUUUCUUCCAGAAAGGACUAAUGGAUACACAUUGUCCUAGGAUUAUGAACUUAUUUAUUAAAUACUUAUUUCAAUACAUUCAUUUUUGUGAAUGUAGAUACUGUAUAUCCCACUGUGGGAUCUCCGCCAGUACCUGUAUAACUUGCAUGGAACAAUAUCAGGGGAAGAAAGUAUGUUUGCCUUUAGGAGUGUUGACAAGCACUCUUCUUGUAAAAUCAAUGGUUUUUUAAACGACAAUUGAAGAUUCAGUUGAUGGAGUGACUUUACUACUAGGUGCAUGUUGGCAAAAAGUGUAUGGGAGUUUAAAUACUGUCACUUGUCACCAUCUAGUUUGGGAUUUAGCUUCUCUUUGCUCAGAAGAGUUUAAGCUUGAAAUGAUAUGGAACAUCAACAGUAGCAGAUGUUGAUAAAUACUGUACUAGUGAUUUUACAUAAUACAUUUCAGAAGAAGCUGAGGCUGAUUUUUUUAAAAAUCAACAUUUGACAUCAAAAUGUAGGAAAGGAGAGAGAGUGCAGAACCAUGGCAGUCUAACUUUGUUUGCAAAGUACUUUACUUAUCUGAGAUGUAGUUUUAAGCAAUAACCACUAGGUGCAGUUGUUUACAUCUGCGAAUGGAUUUUGGCUAUUAUAGGCCUAUAUUUAUUUUUUAAAAUAAUAAAAUUAGGUUACAUCUUUCACUCCGUUUUAAUAUUCUAUAAUUCCCCACCAAAUUGCCUCUAACUCUGAAAGGCCAUGAAAACAUAUCCCCCCACCCACAUUCAAAACCCACCCCACUCAAAACCCUUUAGUCUUUCCCUCUGCCUCAAAUGUCUUCAGUUACAUACCAGGUAUGUCAUUCAGUUACUUUACAACACAGAGCUUGUUCUGUUAACUAUAUGUGUUGAUCCAGUGCCUUCAGUUGAUAGCACUUGCCUAAACUGCUGUCGUUGAUUAAACUCUGAGUACAUUUAUUUUAAAUGAGUAUCAUGAAAUUAUAAAAAUAAGUCUCAUGCCUAAGCAAUUGUGUCAAAUUCGCUAAGAACCGUUGCCCACAAAUAGUGGGAACUAUCUUGAUUGAAUUUAUUACCUUUUUGUUUAAACCAGAACUCUAAUUUGCACAUUUAAUUACAUUAUGACAGAGCUGAAAAUUAUUUCUGGGAUCCAUAAUGUAGUAUGUUUUAAACAGUUUAAUAAAAAUAAAGUAACAAUUUUUGUUAUAUUUUUGUUUUAAUUAUUUGUUAGCCACUUUGGAGGUUUUUAUGACAAAAAGAAAAUAUAUAAAUAUCUGAAAUAAAUACAUUUUUGUAUAACCUGA